AUGGACGGGUCCCGACAGAGCGCCUUUCUCCUCAGCACUCCUCCGCUGGCCGCUCUGCACAGCAUGGCCGAGAUGAAGACCCCAUUGUACCCGGCCUACCCCCUCUCAUCCAGCGGCCCCAACUCCUCCACCUCUCCGGCCACCACUUCUCCAAACCCGGGGGGCAUGGCUGCGUCCUCCCCCGGGAUCAAGUCCUCCGCGAUGUCCUCGGGACUGGGCUCCCCGCAGCACUGCUCGUCUGCGACUCCACACGGGAUCAAUGACAUCCUCAACAGACCCUCCACGUCUGGCCCCACGACCCCUGCCUCUGUGGGCUCCUCUUCAGCGGGCUUACUGUCUGGACUGCCUCGCUUCAGCAGCUUAAGCCCCCCUCCGCCCCCUGGACUGUACUUUAGCCCGAGCGCAGUGGCCGUGGCCCGGUACCCCAAACCCCUGGCAGACCUGCCUGGUAGGACCCCCAUCUUCUGGCCCGGGGUGAUGCAGAGCCCACACUGGAGAGACGCAAGAUUCGCCUGUUCACCCCAUCAAAAUUCUGUGUUAUUGGACAAAGAUGGCAAAAGGAAACACACGAGGCCAACAUUUUCGGGACAGCAGAUCUUUGCUUUAGAAAAGACUUUUGAACAGACCAAAUAUCUGGCGGGGCCCGAGCGCGCUCGACUGGCUUACUCCCUGGGAAUGACUGAAAGCCAAGUCAAGGUGUGGUUUCAGAACAGAAGGACUAAAUGGAGGAAAAAGCACGCUGCGGAGAUGGCCACUGCGAAGAAGAAGCAGGACACUGAGACCGAGCGUCUGAAGGGGACUUCGGACAACGAGGAGGACGAUGACGACUACAACAGACCCCUGGACCCGAACUCAGACGACGAGAAAAUCACGCAGCUGCUGAAAAAACACAAACCCUGCUCUUCGCUGUUAAUUCACACGUCAGAAAACGACAGCUCAUAA